AUGGGGCAUGUAGAGAGGGUUUGUAAGGCCAAGAAUCCAAAGCCUCGGCAAAACCAAAAGCUCAAGUUGCAGAAGAAGAACAUGAGUGGAAUCAAGAGGAGCGGAGCGAAUGUUGCUAUCUUUCUGAGAGUAGCUGUGAAAUGUGUCAAAAUUGGCAAUGGAGAUUGCAUAGUUGCUGGAGGAAAAAGAGCUAUGUUAGUCAACAUUUUAACAGUUAUAAAAACUAUUUCUGAUGUUCUUUAUGUCCCGAAUAUACAUCAGAACUUGUUUAGUGUUGGACAAUUGCUAGAGAAGGAUUACUCUAUUGUUUUUAAACACAAUGCAUGUGAAAUUACUGAUGUUGAUGGUUGUAAGCUUCUGCCUGUUGAAAUGAAGAACAAAAGCUUCCUUGCAGAAUUGAGUAAGGCAGGACUUAAUGCCUUUUCAAGUAUUCUAGAUGAAUAUGUGCUAUGGCAUAACAGAAGUGAAGAGGAACAAGCUGGAUCAGAGGUCUACUGUUGGGAUAUUGGUAGGCUACAGCCUUGUUACAAAAAGGGUAAGGAGGAACUUGAGAUUGAUGAUGAUGAAAUGAUAGAUUGCACUCAUGUAAGAGGAACAAGAUCACUUGCUGACAUCUAUCAAAGAUGCAACCUAGCUGUGCUGGAACUACAAGCUAUGAUGAAGCUGCAAAGCAUACAAGGCCUCAGUAAAAGUUUGAAUGAGCCUACUCUUUAUGUUCUGUCAACCAAUGACAAUCUGGUGUAUGUUUCUUUAUACGUGGAUGAUGUUUUGGUGAUUGGCAUUGAUGUUGAGCUGAUAAAAGACUUCAAAAAAGAAGAUGAUGAUGCAAUUUGA